UCAACUGUCUCUCCGCGGGAGCUGUUGAAGAAGCGAGCCAGUCUACGAAGAAGUUACCGGGACAUGUGUUAAACUAGUCAGUAUGCAAAGUUUAGACGGGUGCGCAUGCAACCUGACAACGUUGGUGGUUUGAGAGGAGGUGUGGUGAAAUAAAGACAUCUGCCGCAGACAGGGAUGGGCGACUGGUUGGACUCAUUGAACGCUCUGUUAGUGCAUCCUCACUUCCACAAACAGGCCUGCAAGUGGAUAACUAUACCCCAGAUGCAUGUCCGGACCAAUCAGAGUUAGCGCACACACAGGCGCACACGCCUUGUAAGCUGUGACCGUGAACCGUACUAUCAAGGAAAUUCCUCUUUCCUCCAGGGUCACGUCCGUGGGUUCUCUAUCUGGCGGUUUGUACAGCUGCACAAGCUUCUGUCUCGACAACACACACACACACAGAGCGCACUCUGUAUGGACAUGUUGUCUUAGUCACUCAAGAGGUCACUGGAAGCUGGAUGCCCGACCACGGGCCUCUGACCAUGAUGGCAGGACCUGAGACUGUUGUGUAACAUGACCUGAAGUGGAUCUCUCUCAUUAUAAUAAAGCUGCAGCUUUAACAAAGGACAAAGCAGGCCGCUCCAGGGAAACGCGAUGGCUACUGAAGAAAAUCAGUCUCCGGUCGGGGCCGUCGUCCUGGCUCAGCGUGCUUCACCUCCAUCCACCGGGAGCAGAACCAGCAGAGAAGCCAGACACGCAAGCGACAGCCAGGAAGUAUGGCGGUACUCUGACCAAUUGUGGUCGUCAAAACAGCGGAGCAGCCCGUCCCUGCUCUUUUAUAGGAAGCUGUCGCGUGACAGUGGGAAAGGGACAAUUUUGGACGAGGAAUACGAGUGUUUGGAUUACAGCUCCAAACUCUUGAGUAGCGAAGAGAAAUGUUAUCCAGAGCCGUCGGCUGGCAAGAAAAUUGUAGGAAUAUCUCACGCUGUUACUCAGAUACCUGGGAAAAGUUCAGAGGGAUCUCAGUGCCAGCUGGACACCCCUGGAGAGGGCGUGGAUGCAGGCAGAAACAGAACUGGCAGCAACCAAUGCUCCUGCACCCUGACUAGCCUUAACAUGAGUCCAAACAUCUACUGCUGCCACAGUCCCAGAUCCAGUUCGAGCCCCGGCUCCAGCCCCGCUCACAGUCCGAGCCUCCCUCAGCCCAACCGGAGACACAUCCGUCGCAGCAGCCUUCCUGUGUCAAUGCUGGCUUUCCACAAGACAUCACCCUGCCUCUCAUCUCAGUGCAGUCCAUCGAGUGAGCCGGGCUCUCUGCUGUCGUCUCCCUCUGGCUCCCCCUUUCCCAAACACCGCCAGCAUCACCAGAAUGGACAAAUUCGCCAGCACCGUGUCAAAGACAGCUACUCCAGUUUAGAGAGGCUCAACAGAAGGCCCAGGGUUAAGAAAUGCUCCCUGGAAAAACUAUUUCCGAGAAGAGCAUCUUUGGAAACCAUGAGGACAACCCUGAGGAACGACAGGAGGUCGCCCUCAGCUGCGACCAGGAACUGCAGCGGGGGCAGCAGCAGUGACGAAGGAGAUGGAGAGGGUCUCUCGGAUAACGCAGACUUUAUCAGGAACCGUAAAGAGCGUUCCACUGUCCUGGUCAGACGCUUCUUCAAGAAUAAUCAAAAGGUGACCAAGUCGGUGUGUACGGGAACCAGAGCGAUUGUCAAGACGCUGCCGUCAGGACGCAUCUCAGAGGAGGUCUGGGAGGUGGUUGUUAAUCAGAGGAUAUGGCAACCCAGCAAGAAAAAUGUGUGGCCAACCGUGAUGCGUGGUGUCAAAGAAGAAUUCAGCGUUUGCAGGGAGAUGCUACGUUUCAUUGGAGUUAAGCUGCAGCAGCUGAACAGCUAUGUGCAGGACAGAGAGGAACUCAACCUGAUUCAUCCCGCCAAACAGCUCCUUCUGUCUUGCCCGGGACGUCCCGGGGAGUCUCGCUGGCAACCGGAGCCGAGCCCCUGCCUCAAACCCUGGUGUUGUCAUCCCUCUCAUCCCCCGAGGUUUUAUCGUGCUUGUGGUCAGAGGACGUCGGUGUGCUCCCUGCUGACCGGAGCCCUUCUGGAGGCCACAGCAGCUCUCGGGGCCCGCUCUGCUCUGCCCUACCCUUUGCCCCAGAGCCCCAACAGCCACGCCGUGCUGAAAGAGCGUCAGCUGGCCAACAGUAUGACCAGCAGCGGCUCUCUUCAACCUAGCGUCAGUGGGAUCAGUAAGGAGCUGGCAGAGGUGCGUCACCUCGUUCAGUUCCCCGAGGAGAUCGCCUGCAUCCUCACCGAGCAAGAGCAGCAGCUUUACCAACGGGUCUUUCCCUUGGACUACCUCUGUUUCCUCACUCGAGACGUGGGCAGUCCUGAAUGUCAAACCAAACGCCACCCAAGCCUCAAGGCCUCGCUGUCUGUGCCCGCCAUACCCACCCAGAGUGCUCAGCGAAGCAACGCCGUGGAGGACCUGGUGGCGCGGUUCAACGAGGUGAGUUCGUGGGUGACGUGGCUGAUCCUAACAGCAGGAUCCAUGGAGGAGAAGAGAGACGUUUUCUCCUAUCUGGUCCAUGUUGCUAAAUGCUGUUGGAAUAUGGGAAACUACAACGGUGUCAUGGAGUUCCUGGCUGGACUCAGGUCCCGCAAGGUGCUGAAGAUGUGGCAGUUUAUGGACCAGUCAGACAUUGAGACCAUGAGGAGCCUAAAGGAUGCCAUGGCUCAGCACGAAUCCUCUUCUGAGUACAAGAAGAUUGUGACCAGAGCUCUCAACAUCCCAGGAUGCAAGGUGGUGCCGUUCUGUGGGGUUUUUCUGAAGGAGCUGAGUGACUCGUUGGAUGGAACAGCAAGCAUCAUCAGCCUCAAACCACCUCUGUAUAACACAGAUGACUCAAUAGAGUUUGUGUCCGACUACAGCGGCCAGCACAACUUCAUGUCGCGGUCAGGUUCAGAUGGACUACACAUCCCAGAGAAAGAAGCUACUGUCAGCAACAUCCUCCAGAUUAUCAGAUCUUGUAAUCGUAGUUUGGAGGCAGAGGAUCCUGAUGAGGCCGCCACCAGUCCCUCUUCUACUGGCCCAUCCCCUACGUCCAGAAAUAACUCCCUUAGGGACCGCUGCCGCAAUCAAUUCAUGGUGGGGGACUUGUCGGACUCCGAGGGCGACUUGUCGUCUGAGCCGGUGGUGAAAGAGGUGGAGUUUCAUGGGACUGAAGAGACGCACAGAGCUUUCAGCCAUGGCACGGAGCUCAUUCCCUGGUACGUGUUUUCACUGCAACCAGACGUUCACCAGUUUCUGCUGCAGGGGGCUACAGUCAUCCACUACGACCAGGACAGCCACCUCACAGCUCGCUGUCUGCUGAGACUACAACCUGACAACACAACACUCACCUGGGGUAAGCCUCAGAGCGGAUGGGCUUCACCCACAGAUCAACCACUGGGAUUAGGACAGGCUGUAGUGGCAGGACUAGCAGAGGGCCUUUUGGACCUGGGAGUGGUGAAGGCAGUGUUCCUGGGUCAUGAGGGAGUAGACGUCCAUGCUGUAUGUUUGCAAAACAAGCUGAGCCAGAUGACGGUGGAGGAAAAUGGCCUCAGCCUCCUCUAUGGUCUCAGUACCACAGACAACAGACUCCUGCACUUUGUGGCCCCCAACCACACGGCACAGAUGCUUCAUAAAGGCCUGUCAGAGUUGGUGAACGCAUCCAGAAAAUUAAAGAAGUUUCCUGACCAACGGUUGCAGUGGCUUAGGAAGCAGUAUGUCAGCUUGUAUCAGGAGGAUGGCCGGUACGAAGGCCCUACACUAGCUCAUGCAAUUGAGCUGUUCGGUGGGCGGAGGUGGAACAUGGGCACAGGCGGAAUGGAGAAACCUGCUGCCCAGAAAAACAGCCCUCUGAGCAUCAAUGAGAAGACCAAGAAGAAGAAGAAGGUCCUUGUCAGGGGAGACAGUGGGGAUGCCACAGAUGACGAGAUGGUUUCUAGGAAAACACGGAGCUGUAAGGAGGGACUAUAUCGAAAUGGACCGGAGUACGACAGCAUCGACCAAGAAGAUCCAGAGGACAGCUUCCCAGGACCAUUCUCCCUCUCAUCCAGUAAAAGCCCCGGAUUGCUGGCCUCUUCCUCCUCGUCGUCCUCCUCUUCCUCCAGUAUGGCAGGGUCCAACCAUUCACGCCCACAAUCCUCUCCGAUUCUCUCAGGAACGGCCAAGUCACAGCCAGGUGCAUGGAGCAGCAGGUCAUGGCACGGCCGAGGUAAAGGCUGCUUCAAAGGCUUCCAGAAUCUCAUGAUUUCUGACAGCACGAUGAGCUUCAUCGAGUUUGUUGAGCUCUUCAAGUCAUUCAGUAUCCGAAGCCGAAAGGACCUGAAGGAGCUGUUUGACACCUUUGCUGUCCCCUGCAGCCGUUCAAGUCCAGAAUCGGCUCCUCUCUACACCAACCUCAGCAUCGACGACAAAGAUUCAGGGCUACAGCCAGACCUUGACUUAUUAACCCGAAAUGGUUCUGAUCUUGGCCUGUUGAUCCGGACGAGGCAGCAGAUGUCUGACAACCAGAGGCAGAUCUCAGACGCCAUUGCAGCAGCCAGCAUUGUGACCAAUGGGACAGGAGUGGAAAACGCAUCGCUAGGCGUCUUGGGAUUGGCUAUCCCUCAGCUCAACGACUUCCUCGUCAACUGUCAGAGAGAGCACCUGAGCUACGAUGAGAUUCUCAGCAUUAUACAGAAAUUUGAGCCCUCAUCAAGCAUGAGACAAAUGGGUUGGAUGUCAUUUGAAGGCUUUGCAAGGUUCCUGAUGGAUAAGGAGAACUUCGCUUCUCGUAAUGAGGAAUCCCAGAUGAACCCGGAGGAGCUGCAGUACCCUCUGUCCUACUACUACAUUGAGUCUUCUCAUAACACCUAUCUGACUGGACACCAGCUCAAAGGAGAGUCCUCUGUUGAGCUGUACAGUCAGGUGUUGCUGCAAGGCUGUAGGAGUGUCGAGUUGGACUGUUGGGAUGGAGAUGACGGCAUGCCAGUCAUUUAUCAUGGACACACACUUACCACUAAAAUACCCUUCAAGGAUGUGGUGGAGGCAGUUAGCCGGUCCGCAUUUGUCAAUUCGGACAUGCCCGUCAUCCUGUCCAUCGAGAACCACUGCUCCCUUCCACAGCAACGCACGAUGGCUGAAAUCUUCAAGACGGUGUUCGGGGAACGUCUCGUGACGCGCUUCCUCUUCGAAAGUGACUUCAGCGAUGACCCUCACCUGCCGUCGCCGCUGCAGCUGCGGGGGAGAAUCCUCCUCAAGAACAAGAAGCUCAAAGCACACCAGGCGCCGGUGGACAUACUCAAACAGAAGGCUCACCAGCUGGCCCACAUGCAGGCCCAGGCUAGCAAUGGGUCACCCGGGGCUACUUCGCCUGGCAACCACACCAAUGAGGAAGAAGAAGAGGAAGAAGACGAAUACGACUACGACUACGAGUCUCUAUCAGAUGCCGAUGUCCUCACAGCCUCUACUGCCUCGUAUGGCCUGGAAGAUAACAUCCUGGAUGACAAGCCAGAGGGGAAGAGCUCAGCAGACAAAGAAGAGCAAUCUGUGGAUGAAAUACCGAAGAGGAUGAAGAAGUCUGAAAGCACCACGCAGAGCAAAGGAAAGGUGUUUGACAUAGAGCUGGGCGAGGAGUUCUACCUCCCUCAGAACAAGAAGGAGAGUCGACAGAUUGCCCAGGAGCUGUCCGACCUCAUCAUCUACUGCCAGGCUGUGAAGUUUCCUGGCCUGUCCACGCUGUCUCCUGCCGGCUCUGGCAGAGGGAAGGACCGAGGAAAGAGCAGGAAGUCCAUAUUCGGCACAGCUCCCGCUCGCUGCAUCACAACAGGAGAGGUCGUGACCCAGAGCCGCACCCCUGGAAGAGGCGGCGCUGAGCGGCUGAGCUGGGAGGAGCAGCAGACCUCUCCUAUCCUCAACCCCCCCACCUCUCUCAGCGCCAUCAUCCGCACGCCCAAGUGCUACCACAUUUCCUCCGUCAACGAGAACGCCGCCAAGCGCCUGUGCCGGCGUUACUCCCAGAAGCUGAUCCAGCACACCGUGUGCCAGCUGCUUAGAACGUACCCGGCAGCCACCAGGAUCGACUCGACAAACCCCAACCCUCUGCUUUUCUGGCUGCACGGCAUCCAGCUGGUGGCGCUGAACUAUCAGACUGAUGACUUGCCCAUGCAGUUGAACACGGCUGUGUUCGAGUCCAACGGCGGCUGUGGCUACGUCCUGAAGCCGGCAGUGCUGUGGGACCGUAGCUGUCCGCUCUAUCAGCAGUUCUGUCCGAUGGAGAGGGAUGUGGAGAAAAUGAGCCCCGCCAUCUAUUCCCUCACUAUUGUUUCCGGUCAGAACGUUUGUCCCAGUAACAGCACCGGCAGUCCGUGCAUUGAGGUGGAUGUUCUGGGCAUGCCCAUCGACAGCUGCCACUUCCGCACCAAACCCAUCCACCGCAACACCCUCAACCCCAUGUGGAGCGAGCACUUCCAGUUCAUCGUGCACUUUGAAGAGAUGUGCUUCCUGCGCUUAGCCGUAGUGGAGAACAACAGCUCUCAGACUACUGGACAGAGGACUCUGCCUCUGAAGGCCCUCAAGCCAGGCUACAGACAUGUCCAGUUGAGGACGCAACAUAAUGAGCCUCUUGAAGUGUCGAGCCUGUUCAUCUACAGCCGCAGAAUAGAGGAAGUUCCCACAGGGGGCGCGACUCCCUCAUCGCUGCUGUUCAGUUCAGAGGAGAAACGUGCGUCACAGCAGCACAGGGUGACGGUGUACGGAGCUCCUGGUCCUGAGCUCUUCACCGUGUUCUGUAUUACAGAACAGACGACCGCCAAACAGCUGCUGGACACGGUUGUAGCGUCGGCAGGAAACCCGUCGGAGUACUUCCUGUGUGAGGAGAAGGUUCCUCUGUUGAAGGAGCGCAGCGAGGUGAAGCGCUGUUCUCAGCAUCGUCCUCUAGCACCCGAGGAGGAGGUGGUUAGACUGGUCUCCAGCUGGAACUCUGAGGAGGGAUGCGUUGGGAGGAUCUGCCUCAAAACAAAAGAAGAGAACUUAAAUGACAGGAACUCCCUACUGGAGGGAGAGGAGGAGGUGGCUGUGGGAGGUAGAGAAGGAGGAGGAGGAGGAGGAGGAGGAGCAGCAGCAGAGGACGAUGUGUUCUUUGUCCAGGUCCAUGAAGUUUCACCAGAGCAGCCUCACACUGUGAUCAAGGCCCCGCGCUACAGCACAGCUCAGGAUAUCAUACAGCAGACUCUGUCAAAGGCCAAGUAUUCCUGCAGCAUCCUAUCUAAUCCCAAUCCAUUCGACUACGUCCUGAUGGAGGAAGUGACCAAGGACACCGGCUCCAAGAAGUCCUCCGCCGCCAAGCCCCUGCAGCGGGUGCUGCUGGAUCACGAGUGUGUCUACCAGGCUCAGAGCCGCUGGCGGGGAGCGGGAAAGUUCAUUCUUAAACUCAAAGAGCAGAUAGCUGUAAACAUGGUGCGGGAAGACAAGAAGAAAGUCACUUCCUUUGCCAGCGAGCUCAAGAAGCUGACCAGUCGCAGCCGCAGCAUGACGACGACGGGCGGCGGCGGAGUGGACGGUCCUGCCCAGAGUAAGGAUGAAAGAGCUGCAUGCUGUGUGGCUCUGACAGAGCUCCAGGAGUGAGGCUCACACUCUUCGUGCUGUCUGUGCAUGGAAAGGCAACGGAGGGUAUCUGUCUGCAGCUGCAGGUCUGAAGGCGUGGGUGGCAGAGGGCAGGGUGGGGGCAGGGAGGUUCCUACAGGCCUCGUCCUCCUCCUCCUCCUCCUCCUCAUUCAGGGGGUAGCUCCAAUCUGUCCACUUGCCCACCCUGAAGCUUCACCUCCUCAGGAACUGGAAGAUCCACAAAUGAAGUCCAAAGAGAGAGACUUGGGUUGACUGCUUCUAAACUUGGAGGAUUCUCCUUUCCAAGAAACGCGAGGUGUUUCAGUGAGGAGUCUGAUCCUGCCUUGUGUUAGUUGUGGAGGACGGGAUUCAAUGGGUUAGUUGACAGAUGUUCAGCCCCAAAUGCUUGGUUUCACCCCGUCAGAAAUCCCUCCCGGUGUCACUUUAGAGCUGUGCUGGUCCUGUUGGGGCAAGUAGCUCUGGCUCUUCUUGGUUUAUUGGCUGUAGUGUGGCUCCACAGAGAGUCCGGAGAGUACCAGAGGCAGCUGCCGAUAUUGAAGUCAUCAGGUGUGUGAUCUUACCAACAAAGAAAGGAGCACUUUCGUAAGUCACAUUCAAAGGAUGAAGAGUUAUGGGUGCCAGUUUUUUUUUUACCCUCAAAAAAUACACCAAAUCAUAAGAAGGAAGGCUGCAAAAUGGCCUCUUAAUUGAAUGAGUUGAGUGAACCACAAUCCUUCUGAGUUAAUUAAGUGUCAUAGCACAGGCUACAGUUUGCUAUUGGAUGACCACAUCAUGUAUUUCUGGUAUCACACAAAUUCAGCACGGAGCAGACAGAGGGAGGUCUGCUUAAAUGGAAGGAGAGGUGUAGUAGAGUCGGGCUGAGGAGGUGAAACAGUAUUCUCUUUCUCAGGUAUGGGCAUCGUGAAGGAGGCUGACAAGCUGGCUUGUUUGGUUCUUUUCUUACUGUUCCAGUGUCACAGUACUGUAAGGGCACAUUUUGAGCAUCGCUCAUUGGAAAAGGCGCCAAAGUGUGAGACAAAUAUUCAGAUAUUCUGGGAAUUUCUUGGACACUAUUGUCGCGAUCCUGAAGAUGAAGAUAUUGUACAUGGGCAGCAUUUUAAGGCAGCAUAGCUGUCCCAUAUUCAUUUGAACAAGGGGCAAAUGUGAACCAAUGUUUUCUCCCUAUGUUGAUAAAGUUGCUCUAUGUUGCAAAACUGCCUUUAACAUUUGGUAAUGUUGUAGCUGUAUCUCUGAGGACGAUCUGCGACUGGUUUCACAAAGUGUUUUAGUUCUGUCUUCGUCCACUAAUGACACUAAUUGUGUCAACAAGCAUCUUAUACUAUUUGCCAAACAAAUUCAUUAAUUAAUUAAUACAUUUUUUAAGAGUAAAAACAAGAUAUAUUGAUAGUACAUUUCAUUGAGGAAUGCUACUUGUAACUGCGACAGGGUUCAAAAUGUCACCACAAGUGUUUCAAUAGUUGACAUUUUUUAAACCCUUUUGUUUGUUAAAGAAAAGAAGUGAAAGUUUUCAAAAGUUAAAUAUUGUCUAAAUACAAGUGGCCGUGCAAGACCUUAAUCAAUAUUAAACUGUAAAAAAAUAAAAAAGGCAAUUAAGAUUAUCACACCAGACAUUCCGCUCUGGGUUUUGGUCCUCGAGAGUUUUAGUAAGUAGUGAGGUUCAAUACACAGUACCAACGCUAAUGGUGCAACUAAGCCAUUUUGGUAAAAUUGAGGAUUGUAGAACACAUUGACCUCAAUAGCUAAUGCUAAAAAUAUUCGUCCUUUAUUUAUUUAUCUUGGAACAAUGAUGAUUUUAGCACUAAGGUCCUUUGGAGAAACACAGCCAAGCGUUCUUCAAACAUCAUUUUGUUUUUCCCUUUGCUGUCAUCUUCAACCUAUUUCUGUUACUGUCUGAUGAACGUCAGAGACUUGUUUGCUAUGAGAUGGUUGAAUUAUUAUAAUUUUUUUUUUUUUUAAUGAUGAUCAUCAUAUUUAUAACUUUUAGUUUGGGCCCAGUUGCACAUGUUUUGAGGAAAGCACAAGAUACAUGUUUGGAUUGUAUUUAUAACUCUUUGAAGCGUAAAUGAGCACGUAGUCCGAGGCAUCAUUUGAAAUCCCCCACACAAGAAUAUUCAUAACCAGAAUGGAUCGCAUUUCACUUUAGUUUAUUGGCCUAUAUUUACUGUCAUUUUAAUUGCAGUAUCUUUAUAGAUGACUCGUAUUGAUUGAUUGUCAGUUAUGAUUGAAGGCUUUUCUUUAUUGCUUACUACAACUUGAUUGAUCUGGGGCCACUUUUCCCCUAUAUAUAUAUAUAGAUAUCUAUAUCUAUAUCUAUAUAUAUUUUUUAUUUUUUUAAAAUUUUGAUUAUAGUUUUGUUUUAUUUGGCAUUUCAGUUAUUAAUACAUCGAUAUUCCCUUUAGUGUCAUACUGAUCCUUGCAUAGCCCAAUUUGAAUUUUAAAUCGACACUAAAAGGUUUUAUGUCAGCGAGUCUUGACUGGUGAAGACAAGGAAAGACCUGACGGAGCCAAAAUAACUUGCCUAUCAUUAUACAGACAAGAUGACAACUUAAUUUCCUGAAUUAAAUCUAGGGAACAUCUGUUUUGUGAGUUGUUGAUUUGGGUUAAGAGUACAUUAUACCGUUGUGAAGAAGUAAAGUUUCCCACUUUUAACCCACAUUCCAACACAAAAGUUGCAAUCUGAAAGAAGCUUUCUAAAACCUGCGAACAGUGAAACACAGUGAUCACAAGUAUCAGGUCAUUUAAAUGUGUGCCUUUUAUUGUACAGGCCACACACACAACUAAUUGGAGUCAUUUUACUUUAAUUUGUCAUUAUGUAAAACUUAGCAUAGUGCCAAGUAAUGUUUGUAUUUUAGUGCAAUAGUGUGUUGUACUCCUGACCUCGACUUGUUUGAAUGCCAUUUACACACAAAGCUUAUCUUCUGUCAGUAGUAAGACAUUAGAACGAUCCUUAAGGCUAGUUGUAAUUAAGGUAGCUGAGAAAGAUAUCCAAGAAACCACAACUCUAAACUGAUGAUUCCUUAAAACUACCAAGUGAUGGAACUGAAAUCCACACUGACUUUGAACGGAAAGGGACAUUUUUCUGUUAAAUUGUAAAUCUAUAAUCAGUAAAGCAGAGCUGUGUUCCUUGUUUUCCUUCUUUCUAACCUUUAGACCUCAUUUCUGAAUGUAACAUUUCUUAAUGUGUUGAACCUGAGACAAAUUGUGUUUGGAUGUUAUUUAUUUGAAUGUGAAGCCCUGGUUGGCAGUUAUCUUUUGUUGUUGUUUAUGUAUAGUUUCCUGUAAGUAGUUUUAAGUGUUUUGUAUUUU